CCUACAUUUUGUUUAAAUAAAAAACAAAGAAAGAAACUUCUCAAAAAAAGACCAAAGCAAAACAUGGAUUCUCUCAAAAUUUUCAAAGGCUACGACAAAGUUGAAGACAACCUCGAAGAUCCACAAAAACAACAAGAACAGCACCGACACAAAAUCUCCAAACCCCUCAUCGCCACAAUUUCCAUCAUCGUCACCAUCCUCUUCCUUACCUUCACUCUAUCUUUCACUCUUUUCUACCACCACAACAACUCAACCGAGUCACAAAACCCCCUCAACUCACUCAACUCAACCGAGUUAAUCCGAUCCGUUUGCAACGUAACUCGCUUCCCUGACUCAUGUUUCACCGCUAUAUCAUCCUCCACACAAAACCCCACCGACCCAAAAACCAUACUCAAAAUCUCAAUCCUCGCAUCCAUUAACGAACUUAACAAAUUCGCUUCAUCACUAAAAGCUAACUCCAGUGGACAUACGCUCGGUGAUUGCAAUGAACUGAUUGAUGACGCGGUGAGUCGACUCAACGAUUCUGUUUCAGUAUUUUCUGAUGACGCCGUAACGUUGACGGAUGUUAAAAUUAACGAUAUUCAGACGUGGGUUAGUGCCGCGUUGACGGAUCAACAAACGUGUGUUGAUGGGUUAGAAGAAGUUGGGUUUUCGUUGGUUGAAAAGGUAAAGAAAAUUAUGCAAAAAUCAUAUGAGUAUAUUAGCAACAGUUUAGCUAUUGUUGCUAAUAUACGCAAUUUGGUAAAUGUGCCACUUCAUUGAAAAACAUUGCAUAUAUAUAAAUUUUUACAGUUUUUUUUAUUUAUUUUUUAUUUCCUCUUAAAUUAUGAUUUUUAUUUGUUGUUUAUUUAUAAUAUAUUGUAAAGAAAGAAACAAUUGUAGAAGGCUUUGAAAUUUGUAUGUUAUAUUUUGAAUGUGUAAAUUUUUGUAACUCUAUGAAGACUAUGAUAUAUUUGUGGAGGAAUGGAUUGAUAAGGAAGACAAACCUCCUUUGUUUGAUAUUGAUUUCAUUUUUGGUUUA